UUCCCGAACAAGUGUGGUGCCCGGCGCUGCGCGGGACCUGGAGUGGGGCGAAGCAGUAGACUUGGACUUGGAGUCUUAGUAAAGGACAAGCGAGGCUCCGGGCCGAGACGUAGAGGUCACCCUUGGCAGGUUUCGGCGGAACUUGGGGGGCCAGAGCAAGCGCCGGGAGUCGCGCCUUAGGCGGCAGCGCAUUUCGGCCUGACUUUUGUUUCGGGGAAUUGAGACGAGCUGCACCGACGUAAUUGUAAUUACACUGCCCUUCCAGUGUUGACAACUCUCUGCGACUGCCCGGGGACCAGCCAGCUCUAAUGGACUCUAGAAGUGAUGAUGUUAGGUGGAAUCUGCAGCACGUGAAGAGUUGCCAGUAGUUAUGGGACUAAGAAAACAAAUCUGUAAUGGCUAAAGGGUUAUCUUAUGAUGAGGCUUUUGCUAUGGCUAAUGACCCCUUGGAAGGCUUCCAUGAAGUAAACCUUGCUUCACCUACUUCUCCAGACCUUCUUGGUGUGUAUGAAUCAGGAAAUCAGGAGCAGACUACCUCACCAAGUGUCAUCUAUCGGCCACAUCCUUCAACUCUGUGCUCUGCCCCAAUUCAGGCUAAUGCCUUAGAUGUUUCCGACCUUCCCACACAACCUGUGUAUUCAUCUCCCAGACGUUUAAACUGUGCAGAAAUAUCUAGUAUCAGCAUCCAUGUUACAGAUCCAGCGCCUUGUUCUACCUCUGGAGUCACAGCUGGGUUAACUAAAUUAACUACGAGAAAGGACAACUGUAAUGCAGAGAGGGAGUUUUUACAGGGUGCUACUAUAACAGAGGCUUGUGAUGGCAGCGAUGAUAUUUUUGGGUUGAGUACUGAUAGUCUGUCCCGUUUACGAAGCCCAUCUGUUUUGGAAGUCAGAGAAAAGGGCUAUGAAAGAUUAAAAGAAGAACUUGCAAAAGCUCAGAGGGAACUGAAGUUAAAAGAUGAAGAGUGUGAGAGGCUUUCUAAAGUACGAGAUCAACUUGGACAGGAAUUGGAGGAACUCACAGCUAGUCUGUUUGAGGAAGCUCAUAAGAUGGUGAGAGAAGCAAAUGUCAAGCAGGCAACAGCAGAAAAACAGCUAAAGGAAGCACAAGGAAAAAUCGAUGUCCUUCAAGCUGAAGUAGCCGCAUUGAAGACCCUUGUCUUGUCCAGUUCUCCAACAUCACCUACGCAAGAGCCUCUGCCAGGUGGAAAGACACCUUUUAAAAGGGGGCAUACAAGAAAUAAAAGUACAAGCAGUGCUAUGAGUGGCAGUCAUCAGGACCUCAGUGUGAUACAGCCAAUUGUAAAAGACUGCAAAGAGGCUGACUUAUCUCUGUAUAAUGAAUUCAGAUCUUGGAAGGAUGAUCCCACAAUGGAUAGAUCGUGUCCUUUCUUAGACAAAAUUUAUCAGGAAGAUAUCUUUCCAUGUUUAACGUUCUCAAAAAGUGAGUUGGCUUCAGCUGUUUUGGAGGCUGUGGAAAACAAUACUCUAAGCAUUGAACCGGUGGGAUUGCAACCUGUUCGAUUUGUGAAAGCUUCUGCAGUCGAAUGUGGAGGACCAAAAAAAUGUGCUCUAACUGGCCAGAGUAAGUCCUGUAAACACAGAAUUAAAUUAGGGGACUCAAGCAACUAUUACUAUAUUUCUCCUUUUUGCAGAUACAGGAUCACCUCUGUAUGUAACUUUUUUACAUACAUUCGAUAUAUUCAGCAGGGGCUUGUGAAACAGCAGGAUGUUGAUCAGAUGUUUUGGGAAGUUAUGCAGUUGAGAAAAGAGAUGUCAUUGGCAAAGCUGGGAUAUUUCAAAGAGGAACUCUGACGCUCUGCCUGGGACCAUGCAUGAACCUCCCUGAACACCUGGAAAAUGGCUGCAUAUUUUUAUGGUUACUUGAUAUUUAUUUCCAAGGAGUGGGCCCAAGACUUUUUCCCUCUUUUGCAGAUUACACUAAGAAGUACUGUGAUUUCUUUUAAAUUGACCUAUGCUGUGUCUGCUUACUCUUUAGUUGAACAUACUAUAAAGAAUUACAGGUGUACUAGUGAUUGUAAUAUUUAGUUGCAAAAAAAAAAGCUAAAUAAAUAAAGAAAUACAUCAACUUUA